UGCUUACAUCACCCCCUUCAUGAGAACUGUAUCCCUUGUAGAUAUACAUCUGUAGAUAUAUCUAUGGUGUAAACUGGCAAGUAUUAUUAAAUGCUUUCGCGCUUUUGCUAGUGUUCUCUCUUGGAUCGCUUGCCCUGGGAUUCAUGUCAUAUAAAUAGUUUAGACUCGAAGCUAUGUACGUACAAUACAAUGGGAACGACCAGUAUGAGGUAAACUAAACUCUUUUUGAAACAUGACUCAACUUCUGUAUGGACUGUCAAUGGGCUGUAGAUAUUAAUAGCAAGCGAUAUAUCUACCUGCAAUAACUGAUGGGAACAUCCGCUUAUUGUAAGAAUAUAGGUCUAAUAAUGUACCUGACCGUUGCUUCCCGCCGUGACACGUAGACAUAUCAUCUGCGGACUGACUGUCUACGAUAUCGGAGGUGGUAUGAUAUAGUAACGACGAUGGAUACUGAGGCACCGAAGGAGUGCGUAUGAGGCAGGUUGCCUUGGAAAGUGUCCUUACUAUACAGAGUAGUGCUGUAUGUAUGUAGGUAGAUACUUAUAGGUUAUGGUAUUAUAUAUCGAAAGAGAAUUGCGUACAAUAUAUACUGCAGGAAUGGCAUGUCAGAUGGCACUAUAUAUACUACCCUGACUCAAGAAAAUGCUGCUUUCUCCAGGAUUGAUGACAUUCCCACAUCGAGCGGAGUCGGGUGGAAACAACCAUUGUUCAUCUUCAAGGAACAGGUUCUGUCACUCCACAUCAACAAUGAUAACUAUGAUAAGGUUCUGCUCAUGUGGGAUGGUGGAUGUGCCAUGAGGACUGAGCGCCAGCAUUGGAUGGGCGGGACUGUCAACUGCGGAGAAGGGGUGCAGGAAGGUCCAUUCCACCUGCCGCCUUAUUUUGGGACUAUAUCGCACCCAGAGAGGGCUUAAUUGAACCUGAAAAAUGCCAUCCAGAUGAGGAAUGCCAUUCCUGAAUCCUUCCCGCUGCGCCUGACACCGGCCCAAUUGUUUCGUUUGAAUGCGGCCAAACGGUACAAGAGGAAUGAGAGCGCGAUCGGAAUUUAGUGAAGGGCGUGGGUGUGGUAUCGUAUCAGGAUGUAUGAAGUACCUACGUUACAAAGUACUACCCGAUUCUUCUCGUCCAGCCAAUAGUACCUCCCACACCUCAGGCAUCCGUAAUUCCCUUUACGUAGCCAUGUCUGAAAGCAGACUAGGUCGUCGUCACCAACGAACCUCUCUUCACAACCCAACUCCAUCAUCCUGCAAGUCUAGGGCCGUUCGCCCCUCUAUUCACUUAUCAUCACCCCUCAUCUAGCGCUUUGUCGACCUAUGCUUAUUAUCACAUCCUGGAGGACGAUAAUGACGAUUGUUAUGGAUGAUCGACU